AGUCACCCCUUGCACAAUCAGCGUCGCCAUGGAGACGGAGGAAAUCAGAGCGGCACACCUGCCGCCCAUCAGCGCCUCGUGCCAAACGGCUAUAAAAGCCGCUGGCAAUCGCAGGAAGGUGAGCAACGUCUCCAGAGCACAGAGAUCACACUCAAGCUUUGUUCUUGUGGUUUUUUUCCAGACUCGGACGAUUGAGCGAACGACCGGAAGGAACGCCCAUCCCGCCCCGCUACUCGCAGCAACUGGACAGGCCGGCCCAACGACUCAUACCCUCCUCGGCUCUGGAGAGUAACGGAUCCGAUGAUAGGAUUGACCCGGCUCCCCAACCCUGUACUUCUUUCGUCUCCUCCGGGAGGCUAUCAAUAAACUUACCCUCCGGGGUCAUACUCUUUACCUACUGUGUACGUGUCGUUGCUCUGCCUGUCACACUGGUGGAGAAUGCGGGCAUAACGACGACCCCGUGACGCCCAUUGCUCUCUCUCUCUCUCUCUCUACUGGUGUAAGCUAUGAUGGAGGAUGUCGUCAGGCGCCUAGCAGAAGUAGUGGUCCGCCAACAGCGAUUCUCGGAACAGCUGGCCCAACGCCAGGAGCAGACCGACCAAGUCGUGGGAUUGCUGAGGGAAAGCGCGGCUGCCCGAGUGCCACUGCCAGAUGCCCGAUCCACAGCCCAUCAACUGAUGACCAAACUCACGGCCCAGGAUGAUAUCGAAGCCUACCUCCACACCUUCGAGGUUAUCGCUACUCGGGAAGCCUGGGACAAAGCAGAGUGGGCGAAGAUCCUGGCCCCCUUCCUGACUGGUGAGGCCCAAAGGGCAUAUGUAGCACUACAGCCGCUGGCCAGUGAGGAUUACGACGCCCUAAAAAGGGAAAUCCUGGCCCGCCUCGGCCUCUCCCCCAUCAGCGCGGCUCAGCAAUUUCAUCAAUGGUCGUACGAAGACCAAGUGCCGGUGCGGGCCCAAGCAGCCAAACUGUCCCGGCUAGGACAAUUAUGGCUGCUAGCGGGAGAACCUUCGGCCUCUCAGGUGGCCGAACGGGUGGUGGUCGACCGGCUACUAAGAGCUCUUCCCCGGCGUUGUCGAACGACGGUAGGCAUGAAAGGUCCCACCACCCUCCGCGAGGUCGUGGAGGCGGUGGAACUGGCCGAGGCCUCGGCAGCCCGAGAUACAGGAGAGAGAGCUUGGGCGCCGCCCCGGAGGGUAAACCCGGCUUGGCGACCACAGGAGGGCACUUUGAGGCCAGUACCCAGACCCGCAGCGGCCACACCACCGGACGAACCGAUGCCCACCGAGCCCUCAUCCCACGGACCCCCCGCUUACUCUUUACCUACUGUAAAGGCUGCGAUGACCAAUGGGUAUAGCUCAAACAGUGCAGAGGACGAGGAAGACUGA